AUGCAAACUGAUUUCAUACUUAAAUCUUUUAUCUAUACUUCAAUAUUACUAAAUAUUUAUAUCAUUAAAUCUAUUCCUGUUAAUGAACCAAAUGUAUUUUAUGUAAAUGACGAUACAAAUGAAGGUCAACGUAUAGGUCGUAUUACACAUUACAAUGGUAAUCAACAAGUAAAUUUUAAAAUAGGUAAUAUAAAAGCUGUUAUUGUACGUGGUAAUCGUCCACCUGCUAUCUAUUUUCGAUUAAAUGAAAAUACUGGUGAUUUAUAUACACGUACUAUCAUAGAUCAUGAAGCAUUAUGUUCAAAACAAUCUCAAAUAGCCGGUAAUCUUAAUAAUAUACCAACAAACAAUGAUUUCACUGAAACCAAUUAUCAAUAUAGAUCAUUAUUAUCAUCAUCAACAUCUAAUACAAAGAUCAUCCAACAAUGUAAAUUUACAUUUCAAGUAGCAUUACAUCGUACCUUGCUAUCUGAACAAUCACAAAAAACUGAUCAUUUCAUUGAACCUGGAUAUCCUAAUCUACCAGAAUUUAUUGAUAUACACAUUAUUAUUAUUGAUCGUAAUGAUCAUAGCCCUAUAUUUCAACCACAUUCCAUGAUUAAUAUAUCUAUUCCAGAAUUAGUACCAAUUGGUACACGUAUACAAUUACCAUUAGCUUAUGAUCCAGAUUCACCAGAAUUCAGUAUACAACGUUAUGAAUUAUAUCCUAUUACAAUAAAUGAUUUUGCCUUAUAUAUACAAACGACCGAUAUUAUAUAUAAUACAAAUAUAAUACAAGAAAUAACUGGAUUAUAUUUAGAAGUGAAAACGCUACUAGAUCGUGAAUUACGUGAUAGUUAUAUCCUGGAAGUGAAAGCAUUCGAUUCAUCUAUAACCAAUCCAAUGAAUUCACCUAUCAAUGAUCAUCGUAAUGUAUUAAAAAUAUAUUUAACCAUUGAAGAUAUCAAUGAUAAUGGACCAAUAUUUCAACCACAAACUAAUUACACACAAAUUGAAUCAUCUAUUGAUAAUACAGCUAUUUCAGUAGUAUCGUCAUCCUCAUCUGUAUCCUCAUCAACAUCAACAUCAUCUGUACAUUCAACAACUAUUCAAUGUUAUAAAGUAGAUGUAAUUGAAUCUACAUGGACAAAAUUACCAAUCUUACAAUUUCUUACAAAAGAUUUAGAUAGUCCUAAAUAUUCCAUGACUAAAUAUGAAUUUGAUUCAAAUACAGAUUAUAAUAUUAAACAAUUAUUUAAAUUAAAUGAACAUACCGGUGAAUUAUUCUUAAAACAACCAUUAGAUUAUGAAAAACAUACUACUUAUACAUUUAAUAUAUUAGCUAUUGAUAAUGAUUAUCAUCGUCGAAGUAAAGUAGAACAGAACACCUUGAUUAAUUCCCAUUUACAUCAGAAUAUAUUUACAUCUACAGCGAAUAUUAUUAUCAAUGUGAUAGAUAUCAAUGAUGAAAUACCAAUGAUUGAAUUAGAUUAUUUAAGAAUAGAUGAAACUACAGGUAGACCAGCUACAUUUGCACGUAUUGAAGAGAAUAUUGCACCACCACAAUUUAUAGCUGAUAUAUUAGUUACUGAUCGUGAUGUGAAUACAGUCAAUAGUUAUGUGAUUUGUACUUUAUUAGAUAAACCAAAUAGAAUCCAUAAUCAUAAUAAUAAUGAGACAAUGAAUACAUUAUUUCAAUUGACUGAAAUCAAACGUCAAUCAGGUUUAGUACAAUAUAAUUUAUUAACUAUUAAUAGUUUAGAUAGAGAAGUAAAUGGAUCUAUUAUUCGUCCAAGAAUUCAAUGUACUGAUUCUGGUCUAAUCAAGAAAUCUUCUGAAGUUGACAUCAUUAUACAUAUCAUUGAUGUCAAUGAUAAUAUACCAUUUAUUCAACUAAUAUCAACAACAACAACUACUACUACUAAUACUACUAAUAAUAGUAAUAUCAUUAAUUUAAAAGAAAAUACACCAACUGGUACAAUUAUUGGUUAUUUUAAUAUUACUGAUAAUGAUAUAGGUGAUAAUAGUAAAACAAAAUGUCAAUUAUUAUCAAUCAAUAAUACUUUAUCAUUAAUCAAUAUUAAUGAAUAUUUUUUUAUUGAUCCAAUUACAUGUAAUUUAUUAAUUAAUAAACCAAUUGAUCGUGAAUUAUUUUAUCCCCCUAUUAAUCAAAUACAAUUAUUAAUUGAAAUUAAUGAUUAUGGUAAACCAAUAUUAAAAUCAAAUUUAUUAUUAUUAAUUAAUAUUAUUAAUGAAAAUGAUAAUAGACCAUUAUUUCAACAAAAUUUUUAUCAUUUUAAAAUUAAAGAAAAUUUACCUAUUGGUACCCCAAUUGGACAAUUAUUAAUUACUGAUUUAGAUGGUGAUUAUAAUCAAUUACAAAUAAUGAUUAAUAGAAAAAAACAACAAAAAGAAGAAAAACAAAAAGGAAAAGAAAAAGAAAAUAAACAAUUACCAUUUCAAUUAUGGAAAUGUAAUAUCUUUUCAUCAUCAUCAUUAUCAUCAACAUCCUCAAUAAAUCAAUAUAAUAUAACUAAUGAAUUUAAUGAUCUACCAAUCAUCAUAUAUUAUAUCAAUACAACAAAAGUACUUGAUUAUGAAGAGAGAUCUACAUAUGAAUUUGAAGUAUUAGCUACUGAUUUACUACCUACUAGUACUACUACUACUACUACUACUUAUAAUCAUCAUCAUAAUCAAUUAUCAAUGAAAUCUUUUAAUGAUUAUACAACUAGUACAACUAUAUUAAUUACUAUUGAAGAUGAAAAUGAUAAUGAUCCAAUGAUAAUAUUUCCUAAACAAUCUGAUAAAUUAUUUAUUAUAACAAAUUUACAAAAAAAAUAUUAUCAAUUAAUGACUGUGAAUGUUAAUGAUAAAGAUUCUAUAUCAAAUUCAUUUAUAUUUAUAUUAGAACAAUUAAAUAUAUCUAAUAUCAAUAUAAAUCAAUUAAAUAAUAUAAAAAUCAAUGAAAUCAAUUUUAUUAAUCAAUCAAAAAUCAAUAAUUUUUUAAAUAUUGAUCGUAAUUUAGGUAUUAUUUAUUUAAAUAGAGAUAUACAAUAUAAUGAUACAGGUUAUUAUAUAUUUAAUAUUAUUGUAUAUGAUAAUAUAAUUAAUCCACGUAAUGCAUCUAUUCGAUUUAUUGUUAAAAUUGAAUCAAUACCAUUUUUAUCUAAUCAAUAUAAUAAUCAAUAUAAUAAUAAAAUCAAUAAUUUAUUAAAUAAUAAUUAUAAUUAUUAUAAUUUAUAUUUAAAUGAUAAUUAUAUAAAUUCACAAUAUUUUGAUGAUACUACUAAUGAUUAUACUACUUAUUAUUCAAAUAAAAAUCUACAGAACUACUCUAAUUCUUUAUUAUCAUUAUCAUCAUCUAGAUUAUAUAAAUCAACAAAACAAUUCACUUAUUAUUUAACAAAUGAUACAAUAUUAAUUCUUUCAUUAGGUUUAAUAUUAUUAAUAUUAUUAGCUACAUUAUGUUUAAUUAUAUUUGCUAGACAUUGGUCUAUGAAUACAAUAAUACAACAAAAUACAUUUGAUAAAUUACAAUGUAAUCAUUUAUUAUGUUGUAAGAAAUCUAAUGGUAAACAAUUACGUAAUAAUAAUAGUAAUAAUAAUAUUAAUAAUAAUAAUAAUAAUGAUAAAAAAGAAAUAAUCAAUAAUAUUCAAUCAAUAUAUUCCCCUCAGAAACAUAAUUAUUCACCAAUUAAUUUAAAUUAUGAUCAUACAAUAAAAUCAAUAAAUUUAUUAAAUGAUAAUUUAUUAACACAAAAUAUAAUAAAUAAUGAAAAUAAUCAUAAUAACUAUAAUAAUAAUUAUUAUCAUCAUUGUAAACAAUAUAAAUUAUUACCUAUUAUAACAAGUACAAAUAAUUCAUUGAAUAGAUCCUAUGUAACAGAUUAUACACCAUUACAAACAAUUACAUCAUGUAAAUGUUGUCUAACACCUACAUUAUGUAAUACUAAUCAAUCAUGUAAUGAACAGUUCAAUAGAUCUUUUAUAAUACAAUCUAUCAAUGAUAAUAAUAAUAAUAAUAAUAAUACCUUAGAUAUCAAUCAAUUAUGUAAUGAACCAAUUUCAUAUUAUAAAACAAUAUCACCAAAAUUAAAAUUACAUAAUUUGAAUGAAAAACAUAAUGUACAAAUGUUGUCAAUGAAUGAUAAUGUACAAAAUGAAAUAGAGAAAAAUUCUCCUACUGAAUAUUUAACAACUUAAUAAAAAUUAUUUAAUAUAACUGAUUCCAUCAAAUGAAAGAAUAUUCGUUUAAAAUGAACAUUCAUGGAAGUAAUUCUAUGAAUCAACGAUGAUGAACAAGAACUAAUCAAGGCAUCACCAGCAAAACUUUAAUCUCCAACUUAAUCAUAAUUAAACAUAGAUUGAGAAAAUAAUAAUAUUUUUUAACCUUAUAUAUAUAUAUACAUCUAUAUCAAAACUAUUCUAUUUUGUCUUGUUCAAUUUUCGUUCCGAUUUGUUUUCUUUUUUUUGUUUAAAUGUUUUAUUGUUCAAUGUUCACUGAAUUUUUUUUGUUUUUGUUUUAUUUUCUACUACUAUCAUUAUAAGUAUUAUUAAUGAUAAUGACACAAAAAAAAACACAGUGAUGAUGAUGAUGAUGAUGACGAUGAUGAUUUAAAUACACAAUUAUUGUUAUUUAAUGUUUAUAUUUAUGAAAAGGGUUUUUGUAAAUAAAUGUAAUAAUGAGA